AAGUAAGAUUCAACAGAUUAAUAUAAAUAUUCAAUGAAAAAUAAAAAUCUAUAAUCGUCUUUAGUUGAAAAUUAAAUGUCAGAAUUGUCUCUUAGGGUUUUUGUGUUUCUGAUUUGCAUAAGUUUUUAAUAAAUUACUUAUUCUAUUUACACAAUCAUUGUUGUUUUGCUGAUGUCUUUAUAUUGACAACAAUCUAAAAGGAAGUUUGAACGUUUAUCCAGUGAACUUGGUGAAAAAUGAACUUUUGAAACAUUUUAUUAUAUUGUUUAACAUAAAAAUAUCAUAGUUUUCAGAAGUCAAGGUUAUGUUUAUACCGGUACAACAAUGUGUGGUAUAUUCUGUUAUAUUUCACAAAAUCAUGAGAAGAGUUCCCAAGUACCAAAUGAGUGGAAUGCUUGUAAAGACUUAAUAUGUGCCCGUGGUCCUGAUAAAGUAACAGAGCGAAUUGAAUAUUUAACUCCAAAUUGGUUUGGACACUUUAAUGCUUCUGUACUAUGGAUGCAAGGUUCCAAUUUAAAUAUACAACCUGCUAUAGAUUCUAUUGGAAAUAUACUUCUGUGGAAUGGAGAUAUAUUUUCUGGAGAUUUGGCACAAGAUAACAUGUGUGAUACCGAUAUAAUGUUGAAUGCUCUUCAAUCAUCCUUAAAUAUCAUACCUGUAUUUCAAAAAAUACAAGGUCCAUAUAGCUUUAUAUAUUUUCAAAAGUCAACUAAUAUUUUGUAUUUUGGUAGAGAUAUUAUAGGAAGGCAUAGUCUGCUCUUAAAAGUGAAUACAGAUGAAAAUGUUUUGACUUUAACAUCUGUUGCUAGCAAAGAACUACAUGGGAUUACAGAAGUUCCUGCAAUUGGAAUUUUUGCAGUGAACUUAACUAGUUCAAGGGUAAAUCUUUCAUGCUAUCCAUGGAAAGAACCUGAUUUAAGAUUUACAGAUAUCAUUGAAACAUUAGAAACACACUUAAAUGUAGACAUUAACAUUAGAGAAACUAUAUUGGAAUUUGAUACUUUAACACAUUUGCACAUGCAUCCUGAUAUUAAAGAUUUGGAAUAUCUAGAAAGUAGUUCUUGUCUUGACAAUUUUUACAAAACAUUAAAGUAUUUAUUAGAAAGUAAGGAAAUAUAUGAAAGAGUAGAUCAUUUAUCGCAUCUCCUUCAUAAAGCUGUAGAAGUUAGAAUAAAGAAACAGCCAAAAUUCUGUAAAAUGUGUGUACAGUUAGUUUUAAACGGAGAAAAAGUUGAAUGUAAUCAUGCAAAAGUAGGCAUAUUAUUUUCUGGAGGCUUGGAUUCUGCAAUUUUAGCAUUAAUUGCAGACAAAUAUGUAUUACAAAACGAAUCUAUUGAUUUGAUAAAUGUUGCAUUUGAAAAGUCCGUUAAUAUAUCUAGAAAAUCCAAUACAAAUAAUGGUGAACAAGCUACAGAAGACCAGUAUGAUGUUCCUGAUAGAAAAACUGGGAAGCAAACAUUUAUGGAACUUUCAAGGAUCUGUCCAAAGAGGAAAUGGAAUUUUAUAGAAGUAAAUGUUAGUCAGACAGAGUUGCAGAAACAUCGUUCUUCCCGAAUUUGUAAUUUACUGUAUCCACUUUGUACCAUAUUGGAUGAAAGUUUAGGUUGUGCUGUAUGGUUUGCAAGUCGCGCAAAAGGUACAAUUGAUGGAAGUGCUAACAUCUAUGAAUCACCUUGUAGAGUACUUCUAUUAGGCAUGGGGGCAGACGAAUUAUUUGGUGGAUAUAUGAGGCAUAGAACGAUAUUAAGGCAUAAAGGGUGGGAUGCUUUAGCAGAAGAGUUAAACAUCGAACUAGCCAGAAUUUCUGAAAGAAAUUUAGGCCGUGAUGAUCGUAUCGUAUCUGAUCAUGGACGGCAAUCUAGACUGCCAUACUUGGAUGAAAAUCUAGUACAAUAUGUUCAACAAUUAAAACCAUGGGAAAGGUGUUAUCCAACAGAUAAAAUGACAUCAGGUUUAGGAGAUAAAUUAUUAUUACGUUUGGUGGCCUGUAAACUUGGUUUCCAAGAUACUGCAAAUUUUCCUAAGAGAGCUUUUCAAUUUGGAUCUCGAAUUGCUAAUAGUAAAGAAAAUGCUAAAGAUAUAUCAAAUCGUUUGUAAAAUGACGUUAGUUUUUUAAUGUUACUUGACAGGAUGAUACUUGUCAUAAGUAUGAUAAAAAAGUGUUCAGAAUUGUUUGAAAUUGAAAUGGGCAUUGAGGGGUUUACAAUACAAGAUUAAUAAAUUAUGAAGCCAAAAGCAUACAAGUGUACCCUGAAUUGUUACAGUCUACCUCAAAAGUAUGCCUAAUUUCAGCAAAUCUGUGAUAUUUCAUGUGUGUUACUGCUUUUUUGUGUGUUUUAUGUGUUCUAGCUUAGUAUGUGCUUGACUUUAUAAAAAUAUUUUUUUAACCUUAUAUAGUUUUUUAUGUAUAAACAAAAUAAAUGAACAAAAUAAUGAA